AUGACCCAGUUCAGAGCUCUGAUCGGCCUCGUCUCGAUUGCUGUCGCCAUGCUUGCCCUCUUUGGCGCGGCGCCCCUCAAGGCUUUCUCGUCGACGUUGCAGAGGGUUGGGCUGGAUUGGUAUGGGCAGCAGAAGAAUGCUAGUGCUUCGUUGGCGACGCGAUCAACUACAAAGACACCAGUUUACUUUUUCAGUCAUGGAGGUCCCGAUGUCCAGUACAACACGGAGCACCCCGUGUACCCAGUCCUCCAGAAGAUCGGGAAGGAGAUUACACAGCAAGUCAAGCCAAAGGCUGUUGUUGUCUUUUCAGCUCACUGGAUGGGUAAAGAGGACGCUAUCCACGUCAACAACGCCGUUGACACUGACCUGAUUUACGACUUCUAUGGGUUCCCUGACCACUUUUACAAGGCUGAGUAUCCCAGCAAAGGUGACCCUGAGCUCGCUAGCAAGAUCAUGGUCAUGCUUUCAGAAGCUGGUAUUCAGUCUUAUGGAGUGAAGCGCGGUCUUGACCAUGGUGUCUGGUCUGGAUUCCACGUCGCUUUCAACCCAGAGACGAACCCCUUGAAUGUUCCUCUGGUGCAAGUUUCGCUCUUCAAGAACGAAGACCCCCACGCUCACUACGCCCUUGGCCGUGCUGUCGCGUCGCUUAGAGACCAAGGCAUCGUCAUCAUUGGUGCUGGCAUGUCGGUGCACAACCUACGCGACAUGCACUUCAUGUUCGAGGGCAAGACGGAGCCCCUGCCCUAUGUCGUGAGCUUCGACAACGCCCUUAGAGACGCGGUAGAGUCGGACCCUGCCGUGAGAGAGGACAAGAUGGCCGCCGUGUGUAAGCGUGGAGACGCCAAGCAGGCACAUCCCUUUGCCGACCACCUCAUGCCUGUAUAUAUCGCUGCUGGUGCUGCUGGCGAGGACUGGGGAAAGAGGACGUGGACAUUGCAUGAAGGAAGCUUCGGUUGGGCGCAGUAUCGAUUCGGAGAGGUGCCUUCGUCAUCAUCGUAG